CCCGACCCGGCGCGCCACGCCCCCGUCCCCCGCACCGACGCCGACGGCCCCGAAGCGGCGAGGCGCCGGUGCGCCCUCUCGCCCCCUCCCCACCCGCUCUGCCGUUCCGCUGUUCCCAUCCCGCCGACCCGCCCCGAUCUCCGUCCCCAACCCCACCACCCACCAACCCACCGAGCGACGCGACGCGGCCGCGGCGCUCCUCUAACCUCCCUCGCUUCUGCUCCACGCCGCCCGCCCGCCUGCCUGCCUGCGCAAUCCCGUGCGGCCCGCGAUCCCGCGCCCCCCGCGGCCCAGAUCUGGUGGCGCCUCGCCGCUCGCGCGCGCGCUCCCGGGGGUGAAGCGCAGGCGGCCGCCCGGUCGGGCCGGUCGAUGGUUUCGGCCGCGGCGCAGGCGGGCGUGGUCGCGGCGUGCGUCGUGCUGUUCGUGCCCAUGGGGCUGGCGGGGUGGCACCUCAGCCGAAACAAGGUGCUCUUCUUCUCCGGCGCGCUCUUCGUCUCGCUCGCCGUCGGGGUCCACCUCUCCCCCUACCUCCCCUCCGUGCCCCACCUCCUCGCCACCUCCUUCUUCCUCCCCGGCCCCGGCGCCGCGUCCGCCGCCGCCGCCUCCUCCGGGUCCUCCUGCGUCCCGUUCCUGCACCGCGUGGCGUGGUCUGACGCCGCCGCCGCCGCCGCUAAAGGCUUGGGAGGUGGGACGGCGCGGACGUGGUCGUGGCCGCCCUCGCUGGCGUCCACCUGCGGGUUCGCGCGGCUGUCGCGCGACGACGCGUCGCUGCUGCUCAACGGGUCCUGGGUGAUGGUGGCCGGGGACUCGCAGGCGCGGCUGCUCGUGCUCGCGCUGCUGCGCCUCCUGCUCGACCCGGCCGCGGCGGCGGCCGCCGAACCGGAGCUGUUCCGCCGCCACAGCGACUACCGCGCCGCGGUGCCGGCUCGGGGCAUCUCCGUGGACUUCGUCUGGGCGCCCUUCGAGAGCAACCUCACGCGACUGCUCCGCGAGGAUCUGCGCCUCGCGCCGCGCGUCCCCGACGUGCUCGUCCUCGGAUCCGGGCUCUGGCACAUGCUUCACUUCACGGACGCCACGAGCUACGGCGACGCGCUGGCGUCCGUCGCGGGUGCCGCCAAGUCGCUGCGCUCGCCGCUACCAGUGCCGCCGCCGCAUAUGUUCUGGCUCGGGCUGCCGCACCUAGUGAACCACAUGCUCAACACAGACGCCAAGAGGGCACACAUGAACGGCACCAUGCUGCGCGCCUAUGACCUCGAGGUCGAUCAGAGGGGCCUCAUUCGUGGUGAUGGCGGCCCAUUCCUACUGCUUGAUGUGGGGAAGCUCACACAGGGGUGCGGGCAGCAAUGCACGGCUGAUGGAAUGCAUUAUGAUGGCGGGGUGUAUGACGCCGUGUUGCAUAUCAUGCUCAAUGCAUUGGUGAUUGAGUCACAACAAAGGAUUUGAGUGGAUAGGGGUUCUUGACCAGAUACUCCACAAUUCAUCCAAGUACUGCAGAAAAAUCCCAGUGUGCCCUAGUCCUUGUUGCAGUGGUUCAUCGAGAAGGCCCUUAAUUGGUAUUAUGCAUUUUUUACGAGCUAUUUCUGUAUUAUAUAAUUCUGUUAGCAAUCUAACUCAGUAAUUUCAUUGAUUUGUUUGACUCACUUUGCUCAGCUUUUCAGUUAGUAUAUAGGUAAUCAAUAUGUUUCUGAAGGCAUUAUUUGUCCUAUAUUAGGCAUAUAAAAACAGGUGUAUUCAGAUAAUGUAGUUAUGCUGCUUCAAGCAAGCACUGAAAUAUGCCAUGCUUCUUUAGCGAGCAUUGUUUACUUUCUGUUUGGAUUGUUGAUCCAUGGUUUGUUUUCCCCAUACAUCAUAUGGUGCCCUAAGUUGUGUCUGUGAUGAUGUGGUACAGUUUGGUCUUGAGUAGAUCAAGCCCCUUCCGAUUUUACUACAGAUGGGGUUAUGACACUACAUAUACUGUUCGUUCUAUUCUAAUCGAGAAAAGGGAAAGCAAUAAGUCGAAGAAAGACACUUAGUGGUAGUUCUAAUGUUUCCAAGACUCACCAUGAUGGAAGAUGAACAGUAGUGUACUUUUCAUGAUAGUUUCACAAUUUCUGGUGUUUGAUCUCUAAUUGUGGUUUACCCUGCUUGGUCUAAAUCCACUUGCAGGAUUUUAAUGUAAGAAAUUCGUGUGACCAUGUGCUGGGCACGCAUUAGCUUGUGUUGUUUCAGGAUGAAAGACUACGGGCAACCAGUGCGGGCUCUCUCUCCCCUGAGACUGCAGGUGCAAUUGCAACCGGAGCCGGCGUAAGUGUAUCGUGUUCCGAGGCAGUCAGGAUGGGUUUAGCCGGCAGCGAUUGGGAAAAAAAAGACUCACCGCCGGGCGAGCUUGGAGAUUGGAUUAGCAGUGACACUAUCGCCAUACAUGGAGUCGUUGACCUGCUCAAUUUCUCUCUACUAUCAACCAAUCAUAUUUAUUGUUUACUUAUUAUAAAGAUACUAAUCUCUUCUAUUGCGAAAUUUGAUAGUGUCUAGUGCAUAGGUUCUUGUGUAGAAAUUGGAUCUUGCAUGAGACUCAGGCCCUGUUUGGUUAUAAAAAGUUUCUGAGCUAAUUUUAGUCCCUAGGUUAAAACUUUUAGUCCCUACCUAUUUGGUUGUAGAGACUAGAGGGAUUAGAGGUCAUUAAAUGAAGUGCAUAAAGUACCCUACUACCUCUAAUUUGCAUGCAUGCAUAAAGUACCCUACUAAUCAUAGGAAGCUGUAGGCUAAAAGUCCCAAAAAGCUUCUCAAGAGAGACUUCUCAUUUUUUAGCCCCAAAAAAUCUCACCUGUUUGGUUCUUUAGCCGCUAAAGUCUUAGGUGGUGUUUGGUUCUCAAAAGUCCCUAGAUUAAUUUUAGUCCAUGGACUAAAAACUUUAGUCCCUACUUGUUUGGUUUCAGGGACCGAAGGUCAUUAAAUGAGUGCACAAAGACCAUAUUACCCCCAAUCUGCAUGCAUUUAAGAGGUGGGGACCGGGGUAGGGGAUGGAAUAGUAGGCUUUAUGUAAGCUAAAAGUUCCAAAAAAGCUCCUCAAGAGGGUAUUCUCUAGUUUUAGUCCCUAGCAUAAAAAGUCUCAAAAAAGUUACUCCUGUUUGGUUUUUAAGUCCCAUAAAUCUUAGGGACUUACAGAAAAAUCCAAACAACUAAACAGGGUCUUAGGGACUUAUGCAAAAGUUCCAUGAAUCAAACAGGAUCUCACUUUCUUCA